UCUAACCGCCUUUCCCUAACCAGCAAUUCCCCACAGAAGAGAGAGAGAGAGUAGAGAGAGAAAAUCCACUGUCAACGACAACAAUCCAUGGGACAGCAAAUCACCACCAUUUUCUAAGGAAAUCCCUCACGCAACCAUGUCUCCCCGGUUUGCCCCUCCCAGCUCUCCAAAUUCCCAAUUCCCCUACCCCCACCCCCUCCGCUCCCUCGUCGGCGGCAACCACACCUCCGCCCGCUUCUGCUCCCGCUAAAACCUCUCUCUCUCCUCCCCCUCCUCCCUCUCUCUCUCUCUCUCUAGAUUUCCCAAUUUUCUAACACACGUAUACACACACACACUGUGAUACACACACAUAAACAGUCAUAUACACAGGUAUACGUACAGCCAUGGAUCCUAAGCCGAGUCUGCUGAGGAACGUUCUGGUGCGGGUGUUCUUGUUCUGCGUACUAGCAAUCGGGAUCCGGUUUGCAUACAUCGUCACCCUACGCGGCGAGUCCUGCGACCUCGGCGACUUCUGCUUCUUCUCCCUCCCCGACAACCUCAACGACCUCGUCACCACCGCCGUCACCUCCUCCUCCUCCUCCUCCUCCUCCGCCAUCACCGUCACCGACGCCGUCAAAUCCUCUCCCCCCAGAUCCAACACCGUUAACUUUUACUCCUCCGUUUUCCAAGAUCUCCUCGCGGAAGGCUUCCUCUCUCCCUAUUCCAAGUCCCUCUGCGUCGAAACGGCGACCGGCGACGACGUCUUCGCGUUGAAACAAAUCGGCGUCUCGGAUUCUGUCGGAAUUUCAAAAAAGGCAUCCAAGCCGUUGGUUGUUACAGGUCAGGCGUUUCGGCAGCCGUUCAAGUCGAACACGUUCGAUUUCAUCUUCUACGGAGGAGGAGGAAUAGAUAAUUUAGCGAAACAGGCGGAGUUCGCCGCGGAGGUGUGCAGGACGCUGAAGCCCCAAGGGUUUCUAGUCGUCCACACCGCGUCGAAAGACACGUAUAGUUUCUAUUCGUUCAUUGAUUUAUUCAAUUGCUGUAUAUUUGUAAGGACUCGUGAUGUUGAUAAGAACAUGCAGGAAUUCGUUUUGAAGAAAGAGAGUGGGAUUGUUAGGCCUAUUAGGGUUGAUGAUAGGGAUUUAGGGGAUAAUGAUAAUAAGUGUUCUGUUCCGGGGUACAAACGAGAAUUGGUUGGGAAUGCCGAGCCGUUGAUUGCGGAAGAGCCGUUGAAGCCGUGGAUUACGUUGAAGAGGAAUUUAAAGAACAUUAAGUAUCUCUCGUGGAUGGUUGAUAUUGGGUUCAAGAGACGGUACGUGUACGUGGAUGUUGGUGCUCGGAGCUAUGGCUCCAGCAUUGUGAGUUGGUUUAAGAAGCAGUACCCAAAACAGAACAAGACGUUUGAGAUAUACGCGAUUGAGGCGGAUAAGGCUUUUCAUGAAGAGUAUAGGUACAAGAAAGGGGUCACAUUGUUGCCUUAUGCGGCGUGGGUGAGGAACGAGACGUUGUUCUUUGAGGUUAAUCAGGACCCGGGUCGAGAGAAAGAGGAGAAAGAGAAAGGGAGAGGAAUGGGGAGGAUUAAACCGGUUCAGUCAUCAGGUGGUAAGGUUGGUAGCGAUGUGAAUAAGAUUCAGGGAUUUGACUUUGCGAAUUGGUUGAAGAGCACUGUAUCGGAGAAAGAUUUUGUGGUGAUGAAGAUGGAUGUGGAAGGGACAGAAUUUGACCUGAUUCCGCGGUUGUUUAAAACUGGAGCGAUUUGUUUGAUUGAUGAAAUUUUCCUUGAAUGCCAUUAUAAUAGGUGGCAGAAAUGCUGCCCGGGUGAGAGAUCAUCCAAGUAUGAGAAAACAUACAGCCAUUGCUUGAAGCUGUUUACUUCUCUCCGAAAUAGUGGAGUUCUUGUUCAUCAAUGGUGGUGACACGAUUUGUUUCCAUUGUGAAUCCAUUGGAUCCCUCUCGUUCGACUUCAGUUCGAAGGAAGAUGACUUGAACACUUGUGCAUUAGAUGUCUUAUGCUUGUGGCUCUAAAAGAAUGUACUGCAUAUUGAUGCUGCUGCUGCUUCAUUAACUUGUUUUAGUACUCAACUAUUCGUACUUAUGGAGCUUGGAAAAGAUUAUAAAUCUCAACCUCUUGUGAUUGAUUCAGGAGGAACUCGUGCUGAUUUAGUCCAAAGGAUGGGGAAAACAUUUCUUUCCCACUUUAGUUCUUUCUUUUAGUGACGCAAGCAUGCUUCUUUAUCUUCCUUACCAGCACACAUUUUAUUGUGGUUAGUUGUUGCUUUGGAUCAAAAGUCUCAAUAGCAACACCACAUUUUCUUUAGAAACCUGAAUCAAGGAUAUACCAGAUGAUGAUCAAGUGGGUUUUGCUGAUCAUUUUGUAAGAAUCAUGAUGGAUACUGCAAUUUUCUUCUAGAAGUUCUGUAUAGUUCCCUUCU